AUGCUCGCAGAGUUACGAGAGGUGAUGCGGGAGCGGGAUGAGGCCAUCGAAGCGAAUAGGGGCGUCAAGGUGUGCGGCACGCCCGGGUGCAGCCUGCGCGACUGGCACCACGGGCCGUGCGAGCCGCUGCGCGAUCUGUGCGGGCAACGCAGCCGGGCGCCUUCGCGCAAGGCAAGGUGCGCCUUCGUGCAGCUGGAUGGCGGCCGCUCGGGUGAGGCAGAGGCGGCGACGCCCCACGAGGGCGAGGAGGGGCCCGCGGGCGAGGAGCCGCUGUGGGUGCAGUGCGACCGGUGCGCCAAGUGGCGGCUUCUGCUCCGCGGCGAGACCGUCGAGGAGGGGGGCGCCGCUUGGUUUUGUGCGAUGAACGCCGACGAGCGCGCGAACAGCUGCGACGCGCCGCAGGACGUCUGCGCCGCCAUCUCGCGCGACAUGUACUACGUCGAAGAGAUUGUCGACCAGCGCGCCUCGAAGAGGCGGGCAGGCGGGUGGGAGUUCCGCGUCCGCUGGCUCGGCUGGGCGCCGGAGCACGACACGUGGGAGCCCGAGGCCGAGCGCCGGUCGUCGUCGUGCGCCCUGCUCCUCUUCGACCGCCCCCGCUGUGUGACCCCGCGAGACGACUCCUUGCUUCGGCGGGUGACGUCGACGACGGACAUCAUGGCGGCGACGUGGGCGUUUGUCGCAGAGUGCCCAAGCAUCGGCGGGCGCGGCCUCUUUGCGCGGGCGCCGCUGGUGGCCGGCCAGGCGCGCUGUACAAUUAUUCAUCGGGCGAGGGACUUCAGCACACUCCACGCGGCGGGGCUAGCACGCGAUCAGGGAGCGAUCUGUGAGUACGGCGGGCCGCGGCUGCCGCUGCCGCUGCAGACGCGCGACGGCAAGUACGUGCUGCAGCUGCCUCGGACGCGCGUGUUCGUCGACGGCAGCACAGAUAGAUUGAGAUGCGACGCAACCAGCAACUGCGACAACGUGCCGGGCGAGUACAGCCUGCCGCGGCACGCGGCGAUCUUCGCCAACCACUCGGCGACGCCGAACGCUCGGGGCACUGGCCAGCACCUGGAACCUUCUCGCAGCCUUGUCGGAGCCUUCCCCUAG